AAAUAUGGCUACACACACCUUUCUGCUGGUGACCUCCUUCGGGAUGAACGGAAAAGGCCAGGCUCACAGUAUGGAGAACUCAUCGAGAACUACAUUAAGGAGGGGGAAAUUGUACCAGUUGAAAUAACAAUCAGCUUACUGAAGAGGGCUAUGGAUCAAACAAUGGCUGCCAAUUCCCAGAAGAACAAGUUUUUGAUUGAUGGAUUUCCCAGGAAUGAAGAUAAUCUUCAAGGCUGGAAUAAGACUAUGGAUGGAAAGGCAGAUGUUUCCUUUGUUCUCUUUUUUGAUUGUGACAAUGAGAUCUGCAUUGGUCGCUGUCUGGAAAGAGGCAAGAGCAGUGGCAGGAGUGAUGAUAAUCGGGAGAGUCUGGAAAAGAGAAUUCAUACAUACCUGCAGUCUACUAGGCCUAUCAUAGAUUUGUAUGAGAGAAUGGGGAAAGUCAGAAAAGUGGAUGCCUCUAAAUCUGUUGAUGAAGUUUUUGAAAAAGUCGUACAAAUUUUCGACAAAGAAGGCUAAUUCCCAGCUUGAAACUUCAUUAAAACUUGUGCUUGAAUCUUGCUUGAAUAGCUGCUACUGCAGUCCACUCUUUAUAAUUAAAAGGUUUUUUUAUUGUUUUUCACAUAUCUAGUGAUGAUUGGAUAAGCAGUUAAUUAGAAAUGGAUCUGUUUUUUAAAUAGGGGAUAAUUUCUUGUGGCUAUGGUCUACAAAUUUCAGGGGUUUUCAUUAGUACUAGUUCAGUUACUCACAUGACAAAAUCACAGUUAAUACAUCUUUCAGAAGACACUAUUUAUUCUGUGUCAGUUCUGUGCCUGUCGUGGGCAGCCCUUCUUAAUCCUUAUUGCCAUGCACCCGUUUUUAGAUUCUAAGGAUCAACUGAACAGCAGCAUUAAGCAAUGAGGGACCUGUGUGCCCUUGUUUGUUUUCUGUAUGCUUGGACCAAAUUUACCAGAUUUCAAAUGAUAAUUUUGUCACAAAAUUUCCUGAUAGCCCCAAACAUGAAUUCUGUAA